CCGGCGACGGGCUCCUGCGGAUCGACUCGCUCAGCUCCGACCAGUCGGAGUCGCUGCGUCCGCCGCCGCCGCGGGCCUACCGGGCCAGACAGGGCGGCGGGGGCAACAAGCGGCAGAUGUCCAUCAGCAGCUCGGAGGAGGAGGGCGGCUCCACGCCCGAGUACACCAGCUGCGAGGACGUGGAGAUGGAGAGCAUGGGCGAAAGAGGCGACUGGGACUGCUACCCAAUGGACCCAGCUGUAUGGCAUCAUCCGGUUACGUGGCAGCCGUCCAAAGAGGGAGAUCAUUUAAUCGGCCGCAUCACCCUGAGCAAGCGCUCGGCCAUGCCCAGGGAAGCUGGCUCCCUCCUGGGGCUGAAGGUGGUCGGGGGAAAGAUGACGGAGACAGGGCGGCUCGGAGCCUUCAUCACCAAAGUCAAGAAAGGAAGCCUGGCUGACAUCGUUGGACAUUUACGUGCAGGCGAUGAGGUGCUGCAGUGGAACGGAAAGGCGUUACCGGGCGCAACCAAGAAAGAAGUCUACAAUAUUAUCUUAGAGUCUAAAAACGCCCCGCAAGUUGAAAUAGUCGUUUCAAGGCCCAUUGGAGAUACACCUAGAAUCCCAGAAUCGACGCACCCUCCUUUAGAGUCAACGGGCUCCAGUUCCUUUGAGUCCCAGAAGAUGGAGAGACCCUCCAUCUCCGUCAUGUCCCCCACCAGUCCAGGGAUGCUGAGAGACCUGCCACUCGUCCUGCCAGGGCAGCUCUCGGUGAAACUAUGGUACGAUAAAGUCGGCCACCAGCUGAUCGUCAACGUCCUGCAAGCCCGAGACCUGCCCCCUCGGCCCGACGACCGGCCCCGGAACCCCUACGUCAAAAUGUACUUCCUGCCCGACCGCAGCGACAAGAGCAAGCGUCGGACGAAGACGGUGAAGAAGAGCCUGGAGCCCAAGUGGAACCAGACCUUCCUGUACCCGCACGUGCACCGCCGCGACUUCAGGGAGCGCAUGCUGGAGAUCACCGUCUGGGACCAGCCCCGCGUUCAGGAGGAGGAGAGCGACUUCCUGGGAGAGAUUCUGAUAGAGCUGGAGACGGCCCUGCUGGAUGACCAGCCUCACUGGUACAAGCUGCAGUCCCACGACAUGUCCUCCAUACCCCUGCCUCAGCCCUCACCCUACAUGCCCCGCAGGCACACGCACGGGGAGAAGAAGCUUCAGAGAUCUCAUCGCAUCAUUGAGACAGAUUAUGAUGAUGGUAUUACGGUAUUGUCCUCAGCAGCAGAGCGGAGCUCCAGGGACAAGGAGAGGUCGGGCACGCUGUCGGUGCCUGAGCAGCAGAGGGUGGUGCAGCACCGCUCUCGCUCCGUCUCCCCGCACCGCGAGGACCAGUGCAGGACCCGCUCACGGCCCACCCACGUACCCAUGCAGAGGAGUUUGGAUGAGAUCCAUCAGAAUCGGCACCAUUCCUAUUCCCCGUCCCACUACCACGACCCCCACCAGGAACACCGGUCUGGGGACUCAGACUACGAGUACUCUGAGGACAGUGAUCUGCAGCCAUGCCUGGACCGGGUCCGGAGUGCCAGCACGACCUGUCUGAGACCCGAUACGGGAUUCCACUCACCCGAGAGAGAGAGGAUCCAGCCCACCUCCAUCCUGAGGGGGAGCCGGGGCAAAGGGCCCCCCCUGCGCCCCUUUGGUCAAGCCCCAGGGGGCUCCUGCCCAAACUCCCCUCGCGUGGACAGGGCCCAUGGUGGUCACUCCCCCACUUCAGGGGCUCCCAGGGGCCGGGGCCGCCAGUUACCCCAGCUACCGGCCAAGAGCAGCAGCAUAGAGCAAGCGCUGGCGGUGGAGGAGCGAGCGCGGCAGCUGCAGAUGAAGGUCCACUCCUUCAGGCCGUCCAGCUCAGGGCCACAGCAGGAGACGGACCUGAAGGCCAAGAGAGAGAUGUACAAGCAGCAGCGGCGCAGCAGUGAUAACGUGUCGGGCCGCUCGUCGGACAGUGAGCUGAGCGACGCGUCGGCCAUCUCCCACGCCAGCAGUGCCUCUCGCCUCAGCAGCGCCAGCUACAUGUCCGUCCAGUCCGAGAGACCGCGCGGCGGACGCAUCAGGCAGGUGCACGGCUCGGGCGGGCCGAGCAUGAUGAAGAGCACGAGCGUGAGCGGCGAGAUCUACACGCCCGAGCGCACCGACGGCAGCCAGUCGGACACGGCGCUGGGCCGCGUGGGCGGCUCGGGCAAGAAGCGGCGCUCCAGCAUCAGCGCCCGCGUCGUCUCCAUCGUGGGCAACCGCCGCAGCCGCAGCACCUCGCAGAUCAGCGGCGCGGAUAAGAAGUCGAAGGCGGGCCCUAUCCAGCGCAGCCAGGAGACGGGCAUGGCCGUGGAGCUCAAGCGCAACAUGAGUCGGCAGCCCAGCCGCGAGUCCACCAACGGCAGCAUGGCCAGCUGCAACUCCGAGGGCAACUUGAUCUUCCCCCGCCUGGGAGCGGACAGCCAGUUCAGCGAAUUCCUGGACGGGCUCGGUCCAGCACAGCUGGUUGGUCGUCAGACUCUGGCCACACCUGCAAUAGGAGACAUCCAGAUUGGCAUGACCGACAAGAAGGGCCAGCUGGAGGUGGAAGUGAUCCGGGCCCGCGGCCUCAUACAGAAACCAGGGUCCAAGUCCCUCCCCGCUCCCUAUGUGAAGGUCUACCUUCUGGACAAUGGAGCCUACGUAGCCAAAAAGAAAACCAAGAUCGCCCGCAAAACACUCGACCCACUUUACCAGCAAGCGCUGCUAUUCGAGGAGAGCCCAAAGGGUAAAGUAUUACAAGUUAUAGUCUGGGGAGACUAUGGGCGUAUGGACCACAAAUCCUUCAUGGGUGUCGCACAAAUCCUACUGGAGGAGCUUGACCUCUCUAGCACAGUGAUUGGCUGGUACAAGUUGUUCCCGCCCUCCUCGCUGGUAGACCCCACGCUGGCCUCGUUGACCCGGCGGGCGUCCCAGACGUCUCUGGACAGCUCGUCCGCACCUGCGGGGGGGCGGUCGUAGUGAACUAAUAACCGCCACCCCACCCUCACCCUCACCCUCACCCCCAACCCCACCCCCACCACCUAUAUCCCCCACCCUUCUCUCUCUUCCUCUCCUUUCUCCUGAACCUCACCAUGCCAGAAGUGACCAGGAAGUGAACGCUGAAGCGGAGGAAGCAAGGACAACCAAUCAGAGACAGAUGGAGAGAAAAAAAAAUGCGAUGAAAAAAAAGAACACAAUGAAAAAAAAAAUGCUUAAAAUCUGACAAUCACUCCUCUCCUGUUUUUUGUUUUGUUUUGUUUGUUUUGUUUUGUUUUGGGUUUUUUUGCAAAUUUACUUUUGGUCUUUAGGUAACUUCUGCUUGUCUUGCAUUUUAUGUUUUUGUUGUUCACUGUAUAUUUCUUCUAUUUUUUCAAAAGAAAAUACAAUACUCGCCAUCAGUAGAUUUACAUUUCCAUUCUGUAGGGCAUGGUCAGUAUCACAAAGAACGCUGCUUUCACAAAAGCGAUGAGGAGACACUAGUCCAAGUCUUAUUCAGCACAGUCUGUGAAAGGUAAGGACUAGUCCUUUUUUGAUAUUUCAGUGAAAUCAACAACAAAGAAAUGUAUGUCUAGUCUACACAAAGCAUCAGAAUGUAUCAACCCAAACCAGAGAU